AUGCUUAAAAUUAAAUAUUCUUCUUAUUCUACUUUUGAAAAGCUUGAAAUUUUACAAUAUGCAAAAUUAUAUGGUUUAAGAACAGCUACUCGUCAUUUUACUAUUGAUCAUUCAAUGAUUUCUC